AUUAAACCCCUGCUUCUGUAUAAGGGGAAGGACUUAAAGCUUAUGGGAUGGCUUUAGGGCUCUGCCCCUUGCUUUUGGCUUCUCUCUCACUCUCUUUCUCAUUCUCUCUUGUGCUUUGAUCUCUGCUUAACAACAGUAACGUCACAGGGACUAUACAGGAGAGUUUUGUUGGAAGUUAGAAAGUUUUGCAGCCUCCAGAGGGCUGUAGCGGCAGUAGCAGCAAGCAGCAUCCAAGGGACUCCUGGAAGGGGAAGAGAGAGAGAGAGAGAGAGCGAGAGAGCAAGCGAGAGAGAGACUGACUCAGUCCUUUAGAAAACUGACUUUAGAAGAAGGAGACAGACAUGGAACAUCAGCUGCUGUGUUGUGAAGUGGAAACCAUCAGAAGAGCCUAUCUAGAUGCCAACCUACUAAAUGACAGGGUUCUGCAGACAAUGCUGAAGGCAGAGGAGACCUGCUCGCCCUCUGUGUCCUACUUCAAGUGCGUGCAGAAGGAAAUCUUGCCAUAUAUGAGGAAAAUAGUUGCCACUUGGAUGCUGGAGGUUUGCGAGGAGCAGAAAUGUGAAGAGGAAGUUUUCCCCUUGGCUAUGAAUUAUUUGGACAGAUUUUUGUCGUUUGAACCCCUCAAGAAAAACCGAUUGCAACUUCUGGGAGCUACCUGCAUGUUUGUGGCUUCAAAAAUGAAGGAAACGAUUCCCCUAACCGCAGAAAAACUGAGCAUUUACACCGACAACUCCAUUAGACCCGACGAAUUACUGCAAAUGGAGCUGUUUCUGGUGAAUAAGCUGAAAUGGAAUCUGGCCGCAAUGACCCCUCAUGAUUUCAUUGAACAUUUCCUUACUAAAAUGCCUGUGGCGGAGGACACCAAGCAAAUCAUCCGUAAACAUGCCCAGACUUUUGUGGCUCUGUGCGCUACAGAUGUUAAGUUUAUUUCAAACCCACCUUCCAUGAUCGCAGCUGGGAGUGUGGUAGCAGCCGUGCAAGGCCUUCACCUGGGAGACACUAACACUUUCCUCUCCUAUCAAAGUCUCACACAUUUCCUAUCACAAGUUAUCAAAUGUGACCCGGAUUGUUUACGAGCUUGCCAAGAACAGAUUGAAUCCCUCCUCGAAUCCAGUCUACGCCAGGCACAGCAACACAACAUAUCUUCAGAAACAAAGACUGUUGAGGAUGAAGCAGACCUUUCCUGCACACCCACCGAUGUGCGAGACGUGAACAUUUAAGAGGACUUCUGCAAAUCGGUUUGUUUGGCAAUGACAGCAGACAAAGAAAGGGCAUCUGAGAAGGAAUCAGCAUCAGGAUCUCUCCCCCAGAAACCCUUUUCUCCAGGACAUUUUUAUACCAGAAGGGAAAGCUUCACUCUUGUUAUUUUUUUCCUUGCUCUUUCUCCCUUCCAUCUGUGACUUCAAACAAACAAAAAAAUACCCCAAAACUGUCUUAAAAAAAAAAAAGAAAAAUAAUAUUUGCAUGACCCCAAGGGGUUUGUGCUACAAAAAAUAGAGGAUUUUAUACAAUAAUAAUCAACUAGUUUUUAUGUUAAAGUGUUCUUGUCUGUAUGUUGUAAAAAUAGACAUUAACACACACAAUGUCUCCAGGGGAGGUAUUAAAUUUGAUUUCUUACAUAUAAAACAAACAAAACCAACCAACGAACCAUUUUUAAAGUAGAAGAGGGUUUUUUUUUAAUAGAAAAUGACAUAUUCUUUUUGUUUUUUUCCUAUAAAAAGCAUAGCUUUAACGCAGUUCUAGGCUUUUCUGUAUCUUGCUUGCUUAUGCAUUUAGUCACUUUAUAAUUCAUCUGUAAAUGUUUAUUUUAUUUUCUUAGGUUUUUAUCCUCUUCACCUUAUAAAUGGUUAACGUAACCCAUAAGUUAGUGUAUUUUAGUAUACAGCAUUAUUAUAUGUUAAUCUUUUGUACCUGUGGAUUGCCUGUGCAUAAGGCUUUUGUAGGGUUCCAGCUUAGCAUUGUCGGGGAAGGGCCAAUGUACUACUCAUACGAUACUCUAUUAUAAAGAGAAACCGAAAUAUUGACAUAAUAUAUUAUAUUUUUGUAAUCUUCAUAUUUUUGUAGUUACCUGUGUAUAAAAUGCUGGUCUGACCCAACAGAUAUUCAGCCUCAUUAUGGUCAGGUUCAAUCCACAGCCUACUCUCUCUUUUUUUUUUUUUUUUUUUUUUUAAAUAUUCUAAAACCAUUCCAUUCAAAGCACUUUCAGUCCAUUAGAUAUAGGAAAUACGUUCUUUUAUUGUGGGAAUUUUUUUUUAAAUGGAAUGGUUUGGAAAUAUAUAAGUGCUUGUGCGCAAACUUUGAAUUGCAAAGCAAGUGCAUUUAACUAUGGUGUUAGAGGAAAGGUGAUUUUUUUUCGAAGGUUGUGUUCCAGUGAGAGAAAUUGCAUUCACAAAUUGCCAGGAUAUCUUCCUAUCCUUUUCUAUAGAAAAGUUGAAGUUUAGAAAUCCUUUGGUGCCAACUCACGUUUGUAAAUUAGGGGCCUUAAAGGUUCACGUAUAGGACACAUAGUUUAAGGAUUGUCUCUAGAUGUUUUACAACUGAAGGUUUUUAAACACUAAAAUAUAUAAUUUAUAGUUAAGGCAAAAAGAAUAUUUAUUGCAGAGGAUGUUCAUAAGGCCAGUAUGAUUUGUAAAAUAACGCAAUCGCCCCUUGAUUUAAAAAAAAAAAAUCUUUCUACCCUUGAUGUUGCAGUUUUAACACAGCUUAUUAAGGAAAAAAAAAGACACUCUUUUCAAAAACAGUGUAUUUGGCCCCUUCUUAGACAUUUCCAAAAACUAUCUAACCAUGAGAAACGCCAUAGUUAAAAAAGAAUAGAUUUGGUGUACUUGAAAGGAGUUCUUAUUCCAAUAUAUCCCCCAGUUGUUUUUUUUUUUUAUUUAGCUACAAAUAGAAAAUUUGCACAUCUUGGCUAUGUAUCUUUUUAUUAUUAUUUUAGAAAGUAGCUGAAGGGACGUGGACAUAGCUGUUGAAGUUGAUGCUCGAGGAGAAUGUGAUGGUGAAAUGUAUGUGAGAAAACUGCCGCUAAGGUGUUGAUUGUAAAAAAAAUUUAAAAAAGAAAAGAAAGGAAAAAAAAAAAAAGAAAAAAAAGGAGUGGAUGCUCCAUUUUUAUUGAGCUGCUAUGGAUAAAUUCCCAGCAUGGUUUGAAAAAAAAUUAACAUUGCUUUCUGUAUCUUUGUCAUUGUGUUUUGCUGCUAUUUUAUGGAUCAGUUUUUUUUUGUUUUUGUUUUUUGUUGUUAUACAAUGUCAUAUACUGCCAUGUUAUAGGUUUUAAUUUUCUCAUAGAAAAUUAUAUUAUUGACAUCAUUUUUUGUAGAUUUUUUAUGUGAUCAAUUUUUACUUAAUGUGAUUAUUACUGCUCUAUUCCAAAAAGGUUCCUGUUUCACAAUACCUCAUACUUCAGUUAACCGUGUUUAGACCAGGUUUUAAUGUUCGUACACAGUGCCUCAUAGUUCUACUGCAAACUGAAAUGCAUUGAACGUUAUUCUGAAUGGGUCUCGCGAUUCGCAACUAGGUUGCAUUAAUUUAAAAACGACAGACAUUUCAGAAGAUCAAGUAAUGUCAGUUUUUUGUUAUGCGUUUUAUAAAGCUGGAUUCUUUGUCUGAUCUGGGGUUUAUUAUCAUAGUAGUUUUAAGAUGUGUUAUUAGCCACAUUGAUAUAUGAAAGGUGCAUUAUAAUAUAACUCUUAUAUGCCACUUGGUGUUGUUUCCCAUCAGCUGGAACUCAUCAUUUGGUAUGAUAGGUUAUCUUCUGGAACUCUAAGUAUUUUGUGUGUUUAAUCUGUUAUAAUAUACUAGGGUUUUUUGUUUUGUUUUUUGUUAAUUAUAGCGUAAUGCUAAUUUAAAAAAGCCUGUAAAUCUCAUAAAUAAGCCAGCUAACAGAGUUGUAUGCUGAAGAAUAAUCUAGCUGUUGCCUGUAUGCUGCUAAACCAAAACAGAAUUAGAACUCAUUUUGAGGGCAAAUGCAGUUAAGAUCCUACAUAGUGUAUAAAUAAAGCAUUGCAAUGCUACUAGCAGUCGCAGGACCCAGGAGGACUGGAUACAUUCUGUCCAAAUUUCAGGAACAUUUCUUACUGCUUACCUCAUGAACACUUCUGUUUGUGGCAUCUCUGUGUCUCUGAACCAAACAUGAUUAUUGCAUUAGUGGUUGUUGGUUAUGUGUGUUACACUGAGUGGCAGUACAUACUGCAAAUUUCUUUAAAUAUGUAUGUACUAAAAGGCCAAAUCCUGAUAAGCAGGUUCAUGUGCCAACAGAGAUGUUUUAUUUGUCACAUUAUUAUAACAAUCUAUAGUAAGCAAGCAAUUCAGAUUUGUACAUUUUUUUUAUAUUGUACUUAUUGGCAUCACUGGUCUGAAAUGCACAUUUUCACCAACAGACCUGUAACAGACAAGUUUCCAGCAAAAGAACUAAAGUCUAGAAAUAAAAUUUGUAAAACCCAA